CAUGCGAUUGCAAGUGCUGGCAUGUGGACUCACGGAAUUUUAAUAUUCAGUGCGGCGUUGUUGUUGGUGUGCGGCAAGCAUGAUGUGUUCGAGUACACGUGCUUCAGCUACAAAAUCAUUGAUGAACAUCAGCAGGUAGUGCAGAUCAGGUGCAACUCUACCGAGGUGUUUAGCCCUGUGGAUGCCAAAUGUAUCAAACCCGAGAAAACAAAUGGCCGUGUGAUACAGACAUCGACUGCCACACAAAAGGAGACCAGAAAUAUGCGGACACGAAGGAAGGAUGUAAAACGUAUUACACCUGCCUUGGAGGAGUCUUCUUUGGUCACAACUACUGCCCGGGGGUUCUGGUUUUCAACGAAAAGCGCCAGUACUGCGACUGGGCCUACAAUGUUGAAGCGCCAUGUGGUUCUCACGUGGGUGUGAUUGGCUAACAGACUACAUCCGGGUGUCACAACUACCACCAUUCGUCGUUAUUGUUACUGAAUGUCAUAUCAAGCGUUUGAAUGUGGAUGUCGAUCCUUUGGUAUCCAAAGCUUAGGAUCAAAUAAAGACUUUUAAGCA